AUGUCUUCUUGGUCGCCCUCACGCAUCCCUCGUCCUCCGGCUCGCCCAUCUCCUUUGCCGUCUCCGCCAUCACUCGAGAUCGCGACCGUCCUUGCUCAAGCAGGCCCGUUCGACGAUCUCAAAUCACUCAUUCCAUCGCUCUCGUUCACAGUGAGCUCGGCGGAUUAUGAAAGUGACUGGGAGGACGUGCCGCCAUUCCCAAAGGAUCACCAGCCACCUAUAUUUAUAAUCCAAGGUCACCGCGCUCAAGUGCCAUUUGCUGUUCGUACAGGUGUCAUCGCUCUUGGAGACAUACAUCCAGACGAACGCACCGCUCGUGUCGUUCUCUCUGCGCCAACAAUACCGCGCAUGAACUUGGUCAUGAAGGAACGGCUCUUCAUGAACACUUGGAUUGAUAGGCUUACUCCGCAGUGUCCUCCCAGGCACGUCCCCUGGACUAGUGAUAAUUCGGUUCCUAAGCGUGACUGGAUUUCUGAAGGUUCCAUCUUUCUGGCUGAAACCAUCAAGUCGCAAAAUGGGAAGAUACGACAAGCACGGAUGGAUCAACAGAUCUCAAAUGAAUCUUCCAAAGAAACAUUCCCUCAUUCUACGCCCUGCACUCGAAGCCACAGGGAGACCGCUGUUAUUUCGAAGGAAUGUUCCGGACGUCAGGUCGGAUGUAAUCCAUGGUCCGUUCACGUUCCAAUGACCACUAUCAAGCGAAAUACAGUUUCAUCUGGACCGGGGCCCAUUACACCAACCCGCGGACGAAUGGGGACACGGACACAUUCCUCGGCCACUCCCGUUCUCAAUUCUGGCUCGGAUAAGACAAUAAAGCAACUGACAUCAACAUGCCGCAAGUCAUCUCGCGCGUUGCCACAACUCGGUUCUAUUGAUUCUCUGGCUAUUCGAAGAGGGAAGAAGGUCUCCGGUUUGCAACUCAAGGAAUUGGACGAUCUGGACUAUCCUGAUAUCCCUACGGCCUUCCGCGGGUCUCCAACCGUUUGGUCGCCGAAAUUUGACUCCGACGUUCCUAGUCCCGAUGGAAACCUUUUUACUGACCACAGUAGUAUGCUAUCAAGCCUCAGAUCGCAAUACGCCGCACUUGAUACGAGUGGAAUCUUCACGCCUGUGACGCACAACAAGGAAUGUCAAGAUGCAUUUUUUGACUCGGACACGGACUCUGUAUCGUUAAUGCCAUCAUCCUCCUGCGAAGAUGAGUGGGCCUUUGAAAAUGACCUCGAUCUUGAUCUUCAAGGCGUCGUUGACAAUCUGUCUUUUUGUCCGACAACUUCGUUUACGCCCAAGAUCGUGCCAGAUAGGCUCAGGGAGUCUCUGAACGUCACUCCAGAUGGUUAUUCCGCCAGUUCCAAUCUAACUCGUUCUCCUUCACCUCCUUGUCGGCAGUCAGUAGUCCCUGCAGUCAAGGUUUCUCCGGCGCCCCUGACUGAUCCGCCAUGCAUCCCUCUCCCCCCUCCUCCUGUUUUAAUUACUCCUUCUACCCCUCCACGGGUUAGAGGAAUUUUAAAGAAGGUCAAGAGCGUUCGCUUCGAGGAUGUCAGAUGCAGUCAAGAUGCAGGCUUAUUGAUCAUGCCAGUACCGGAAUCAACAGCAGCGAAGCGCCCUUCUCCUCUACGGAACAGCUUCAUGAACCCUGUCGAUGACACGACAUUGGCAGACACAAAGGAGCCUGUGGAUACUGAACCCGUGACAAAUCCUACUGCGCCGUUGCCUAAGGCACUUCAGGAGCCUAUCAUCAAGAAGAAGUCACACAUAAUGAAGUCCAGGCUCGUUCCUAAGGGUACCAUACUCAGCUCUCAUCGCACAUCUGAGGUACCCAUCCUGAAAUUUGUCGACACCAACGUCCAGCAGGUCCCGCCUGUACCCGAGCUCGACGGGCCGGCAACCUCUACUCCUGGCCGUCACAAUCGCGUCGCCAGUACAGAAAAGGAAAACGGGCAGACUGCUUACGCUCGUGCUCGCAAGCGAUGGUCGACGAUGAACGAGAACGAUCUCAGGAUGGGAGUCGAGGGUGCUGCACCGAAGAGUCGUCUUACUACGCCUCUGCGGAACAUUUUCAAGUUUAAAUAA